UUUGCUGUUAGCUAGACAGUGUAUAAAAAGAUUGGCUGAGCCUUGCAGUGCUUCAGUGGAUUCCACACCAUCAGAAACAGAAAUGUCCGACCAAAACGUCCGCAACGCUGGUUUCACUUCCUCCGGGAUCAGAGGAGGAUCGCUUGCUUCAUCGAUGAUGUCCCAAGAAGCAAGAGCGUCUGGUGGAGGUGUGCAUUCUGGAGGCCCUACCUCUACUCUCCAACAAAUGGGUGCCAGAGGCUCAACCCAUUCAUCAGGUUUUACCAGCAGCGGGAUCUCCAGUGGAUCCCGGGCCUCUCAGAUGAUGUCCCAGGAGGCCAGAUCCUCCGGAGGCGGAACUCCCAGGGGCGGUACAACUUCCACUGUCCAGUCCAUCUCAAUGGGUGGUAAAGGAGGAAGGCGCUGAAGAGAAGAAAAACAUCAGUCCGGAAUUAAGCUCUGCAACCUUCCUUAACCAUCCUUAACCAACACAGUCAUUUGACAGCUUCUCCCCUUCUUUCCUCUCACUGUCACUAAUGUGAAACGCAAAGCCUUUUUCACAUGCACAAAUA